CAUUCUUAGUUUGGUUGUAGCCUUCAGUGAUCCGCCGGGUAUGUUUGAAUCGAAAAUGAAAAGAACUGACUUGUGCUCUGAUUGUUUUGUUCUGAGUUGAUAACAAUUGAAACGCGUCUCCUUGGCAACCGCAGCUUCUGCGAUUUUGACGGUGGUCGAUCACGUAACUUAGUUUGAGCUUACAACUUUGUGCCAGUUUUAAACGCUCUCUUUGCUUUGGAUUGCGUCCUUCAGGCAUGGAUGUCUCGACGUAUUUAUGGUUUUUGUCGCUUUGCACGUGUCUGGCGUACGGGAAACCCACUCUCAGGAAAGAAAGAGUUCUUCACGAGCCUGAACUGAUCAGGCAACCCCACGAAGAUAACCAGAGCUAUCAGUACGACCACGAGGCCUUUCUGGGCAAAGAGGAGGCCACCACAUUUGAUCAACUCACCCCAGAGGAAAGCAAAACCAGAUUAGGGAAAAUAGUUGAUCGUAUUGACAGCGAUGUUGAUGGAUAUAUUACCACUGAUGAACUCAAGGCCUGGAUCAAGAGAGUACAGAAACGUUACGUCUAUGAGAACGUUGCAAAGGUCUGGUCUGACUAUGACCUGAACAAAGACAACAAGAUCUCAUGGGAUGAAUAUAAGCAAGCAACUUACGGUUACUACCUUGCCAAUCCAGAAGAGUUUGAAGAUGCAACAGACCAGUUCAGCUUCAAGAAGAUGCUUCCGCGAGAUGAACGCAGAUUUAAAGCUGCUGAUCUCAAUGGUGAUUUAGCUGCAGAGCGAGAGGAGUUCACUGCUUUCCUCCACCCAGAAGAGUUUGAGCACAUGCAGGAAAUUGUGGUUCUUGAAACUCUGGAGGACAUUGACAAGAAUGGAGAUGGUCAUGUAGAUGAGGACGAAUACAUUGCGGACAUGUUUGCUCACGAAGAUGGCGGCCCAGAGCCAGACUGGGUUAGAACAGAGAGAGACCAGUUUUCAGAUUUCAGAGAUCUGAAUAAAGACGGGAAGAUGGAUUUAGAAGAGAUUCGUCACUGGAUCCUGCCGCAGGACUAUGACCACGCGCAGGCAGAGGCCCGGCAUCUGGUGUACGAGUCAGACACAGACAAGGACCAGAUGCUGACCAAAGAAGAGAUUCUUGAGAACUGGAACAUGUUUGUGGGCAGCCAGGCCACCAACUACGGUGAAGACCUUACCAGGAGCCACGAUGAGCUAUGAGCCCAAGUGAGGGUGAGGAUCUCUACCUGAGAACGCAGGUAUCCUGGACUCAACCUCCAUGGCAUCCGUUUCAUCAGAAGCCAUGCCAGUGACUGACAAACUGACUGAUGUAUUGCAGCUCUACCUCACAGACUGGACAUCGAGGAAUCACUGACUGAUGGCUGUAGUCCCUAAUACUAGGCCUGUCACGAUAACAACUUUUUGUUGUGCGAUAUAUUGCCCCA